AUGGAAACUGACGCUGAAAAAAAUAUUGAAAUUUGGAAGAUUAAAAAGUUAAUUAAAAGACUGGAAAGUGCUCGUGGUAAUGGUACCUCCAUGAUUUCCCUAGUUAUCCCACCAAAAGACCAAAUUUCUAUGAUUCAAAAGAAAUUAACUGAUGAAUAUGGUACUGCUUCAAACAUUAAGUCCCGUGUCAACAGAUUAUCUGUUUUAUCCGCUAUUACUUCAACACAACAAAAAUUGAAAUUAUACAGUAAAGUUCCUCCAAAUGGUUUAGUUCUUUAUUGUGGUGAUAUUAUCACUGAAGAUGGUAAGGAAAAGAAAGUUACUUUUGAUAUCGAACCAUAUAAACCAAUUAACACAUCUUUAUAUUUAUGUGAUAAUAAAUUCCACACUGAAGCUCUUUCUGAAUUAUUAGAAGCUGACGAUAAAUUUGGUUUCAUUGUCAUGGAUGGUCAAGGUGCUCUAUUCGGUUUGUUAACUGGUAAUACAAGAACCGUCUUACACAAAUUCACUGUCGAUUUACCAAAGAAACACGGUAGAGGUGGUCAAUCUGCUGUCCGUUUUGCUCGUUUAAGAGAAGAAAAAAGACAUAACUAUGUUAGAAAAGUUGCUGAAGUCGCUGUACAAAAUUUCAUUACCAAUGAUAAAGUUAAUGUUAAGGGUCUUGUUCUUGCUGGUUCAGCCGACUUUAAGAAUGAUUUAAAUAAAUCUGAAUUGUUUGAUCCAAGAUUGGCCGAAAAAGUUGUUCAAGUUGUUGAUAUUUCCUAUGGUGGUGAAAAUGGUUUCAACCAAGCCAUUGAAUUAUCUGCAGAAGCUUUAUCUAACGUUAAAUUUGUCCAAGAAAAGAAAUUAUUAGACCACUAUUUCGACCAAAUCUCCCAAGAUACUGGUAAAUUCUGUUAUGGUAUUGAUGAUACUUUGAAGGCUCUUGAUUUAGGUGCUAUUGAAACCUUAAUUGUCUUUGAAAACUUAGAAACUAUCAGAUACGUUUUCAAGGAUUCUGAAGAUCAAGAAGUAAUCAAAAUGGUUGAUCCAAAAUCUACUGAUAAGUCUUAUGUUUUAGAUAAGGCAACCGGUAAAGAAAUGGAUCUAAUUGAAGAGAAACCACUAGUCGAAUGGUUAGCUGAAAAUUACAAAAAUUUUGGUGCCACUUUAGAAUUCAUUACUGAUAAGUCCCAAGAAGGUUCCCAAUUUGUUACUGGUUUUGGUGGUAUUGGUGGUUUAUUACGUUAUAAAGUUAACUUCGAACAGUUAAUUGAUGAAUCUGAUGAUGAAUAUUACGAUGAUGAUGGUGAAUCCGAUUAUGAUUUCAUCUAA